AAUAAAUUUUGUUAAUUGUUUAAUGUGUUAUGUGUUAAUUGUUCAUUUGAUAUAAAUUCAUUUCGUAAAAAUUUUGGACUGGUGAAAAUUGUCCAAAUGUCCUGUGAUGAUUUUUCUUUAUCGCGAAGACCGAAUAUUCAUACUCUGUCCAAAGUCGAUCCAUUGCUUUUUUGCAAUUUUUCAUGAAAAUAAACAUACUUGUCAAUUAAGCACAACUGAAAUCGAUAAAAGGGAGAAAAUCCAAAGUUUUUUCAUUGUGAUACAUCAGCUACUUUCACCCAGAGAAACUCGUAAGAACUACAACAAAUUAAGGAGAUUUAUAAUUGGAAAUGUUUUCAUCCUCUCUACAUUCAAAAGUACACAAUCUGUACAGAAGUACCCGAAACACAAUUUUUAAACUGGGUACUUUCAUGCUGUUUGCAAUUCAAAAUCACCAUAUUGGCGUGCGACCAGUUCUUGCCAAGUACCAUUUCACGCCAUUGCAUUGUUACAUUAUUUGAUCAAGUUCUACACAUAAAAUUAUAUACGAAGAGAUGUAACAAUGCACUGGCGAGAAAGGUACUCGGCGAGAACUGAUCGCACACCAGUAGACUUCUUAUUUUUGGUUGCGGUAUACAUACGUAUAGAGGGGGCAUUUCAUAACAGAAAAUCUGGACUUUUUCAUUCUAAUAAAAGAAUGUAAUUCGGACACAAAGACUUGACCCUUUGAUCUCAAGAACCUGCUUUAUAAGGAGAUGGAAGUCCGUUAGUUGACCAUUUACGAUGGAUUCAGUCAGCCCUCCCUGUAUCUCUUGUGGCGGAGAAGUUCGUCCCCAGCAACAUGUCCUAAACUGUGUGGCCUGCAACGGAUGGCAGCAUCGCUUGUGCAACACAGGAAUCUCGCUACAGCGGUACAACAUUGCGAAGUAUGGUAUAAAGGACCUGAACUGGUUUUGCAGACCGUGUGAGAUGAGGUACUGGCCGGAGCACGAUGAACGAGUGGUAUCAGACAACCCCGCCAACUCUGUGGUCCCCGCAGAUCCACUCAAUGAAGCAUUUGUUACUGGACAUUGCUGGGAGCCCGAACAUUUGGAUUCUUCAUUGGAAUCAGACGACAGUACAUCAAACGAUGACGUCAUCCGUUACAGAAUUCUGGAGAAGGGGAGUAAGCGUGGGGGGAGAUUGUUGGUUGCCAGCAAUGGAUACACAUACGGAUCAAAGUCUAAGGGGAACAACAAGUCCUCCACUUUGUGGCGGUGCAGCGUCAGAUCCGCCAAGCUUCAGUGUCCCGCCACGGUUAGUCAGAGGGGUCACUAUUUCCAGCCAGGCACACGGCCGCAUUGUCACCCAGCGGAUCCAAGACAGCCGAUUUACAAAGAAGUCGUUGCACUGGUUAAAGAACAGAUAGACAUCAAUCGGCACUCCACGGCUUCGGCUGUUGUGACAGACAUCCUGACCACCCUGUUGCCCGAGGAACAACAUUUCCUGGCUCCGAAGUUCGACCUGCUGAAGAGAAUCGCUAACAGACACAGGGCGGGAAAGCGACCGAGAGUCCCCGCCGCGACCCCUAACGCAACGUACGUGUGCUACAGUCCUCUCCCUCUGUCCCGACAGCUGACCGGAAGAGGAGACCAUAACGUCGAGUGAUAUCUGUGGGGUGCUGUGCUCCAGUAGUGUGAAAUAGUGGACAAGACUUUAGUGCCUGAACGCAAUACUAAACUGUAAUUUGUGAUGGUGUUAGUGGUUUAGAACUUUUAGUGCUGUUUGUAUUUAUGAUUAUUGA